UUUUUUGGAAGGAAAUUCCCAGACACAAUUGAUUGUUGAAUUCAUUUUCCUCUGGCUGCAUCUCGAUCUGUUGUUCUGUUCUCUGGAAGGUGGUGGAUGGCAAAAAACAAUAAGUACGCUUCUAUUAACUUCAACCACAUCUACGAAAAAACCAACAAGAACAACCCUUCUCCUUCUUCUUCUUCCUACUCCUCCGUCUCCUACUCCGCCGUCUCCGCUCCCAACAAACCCCAUGGCCGCAUCCUCGUCCUAACCCGACCCACACCCAAACCCGUCACGCCCCCCACCCCGCAACCGCAACCACCACCGCCGAGCCCGAUCCAGCACAACCACCCCCGGUCCGAACCGGGAUCGGAUGCGAUCUCGCUCCGACCCCUGGGCCGAACCGGAACCGGUUCACCGCUCUCGUCGGUUGUCCCCGUUGUUUCCAGCCCCGACAAGGACUUGCCCUUGCUCUCUCCUCAGCCACCGAAGACGAACAAGUUCGUGCCACCGCACCUUCGGCCCGGGUUCGUGCCGAGAGAGGAGGCCCCCCCGCCCGGGCCCGAACUUCGGCCCAACGGGAGGCCCAAGUCCGGUGGCGGGCAGUUCAGGAUGAGAAGGGGUGGGCCGGGUGGCGUGUCGGAUUCGGGGCUCUUGGGCCGCGGGAGUCGGCCCAGUUCCAGUGGAUGAAUGGUUAUGAAGUUGAAUUCUUUUCCGAGGACGAAGACAAACACAUUUUGCUACAGAGAUUGGUUCUCAAUACCAAUUCAGUGCAUGCAUCCUUUGUCCCUCUGGAACUGACAUCAAUUUUCACAAGAUGGCAUCUCUAAUAUCAGUGAAGAGGUAAACUUACCAGGUGGCAGAUUUUCAACACCUAACGUCCCAAUUUAUAGCAAAAUUUGUUGUGCUCAUAGGAGGCUUUAACACCCAAGUUCUUCUGUUGGUGUUUGGCCAUCUUUAACCACGUGCCAAUAGAAUGUAGAAGAAUCUAUAUACAUAUUUUUAAUUCCUAGCUAAACUGUUAUUUUGACUGUUCUGAAAGACAUGCCUUCUGUACUUUGAGCAUAUGUUUGAGAGGAGAUCCAAUCGUUUUUAUUGUUGUAUUGUACUUGUUGCAGUUUGUUUGUUAAUUCAGCCAAGACCCAUUCAUUCAUUAGUUA